AUGUCAUCGAAUCCAACAGAUGCUCUUCUUGAAGAAGCUGCUCAAUCCACCAUCAUGAUGGAAAAUUUUGAAAAAGUUGGUGUGGAACAACAAGAACCACUCACAGAAGCAACCAUGCCAUCUUCCUUUUACAUUCCUAAUGAAGUGGAUGUUUUUACAGUCUUCAUCAAGGCUCUCUCGGGAAGCAAGUUGAAAGUACAAAUUACAAAAGGAGACUCGACAAUAGAAAUUAAACAACUGCUUGCCGAGUGCAUUGAAACAUGUUACAUGACAAAUUAUGAGUUCAAAGUGAAGGGAAAAACAUUGAAUGACUUUUCCGAAAUUGCAGACUAUCCAGAAAUUGUGGACGGAGUGGAAAUUACCAUGAAUGCUCUUCCCUACGAUGCAAAAUCUGCUCGUGUUCAUGUGUAUCGCCUCAGAGAACUUCUCUAUUCAAAGGUCAAUGAAUUAUAUUUGAGUACAGGAAUUAUCCAUUCUCCUUCUAAACAUACUCAACAUUCGUAUCCUUCCUUCAUUUCUUCAGUCAUUUCGGAGCCUUACAAUGAUUUGGGUCAUGCCUUGAACUGCGACUUGGAGUUGCUACAAUUGGAGGGACAACCAAUGAGCCUAAAUGCAUUUACUCCAUCCACUAGUGCUUCUUCUGAGGAAGGAAAAAAGAAGAAGAAGAAGAAAUCAUCAACAAGUGCUUCAACAAAAGUGGACCGUGUGGAAUUGAAAACACCCGUACUCAUGGAUGAAGAGGAAAUGGCCUCUCAUAAUGGAGAGUCAGGAGAUAUUAAGGCAUCAUCUACCAAUGGUUCGGACGCCACUACUAGCGAAAAGAAGCAACAAGGCUUUACUAACAAGAUUAGUGUUGUGGAAUUGCCUCAAACUCCCGAUGAAUUUAAUACCAAGAAUUUAUAUGAUCCAGAGUCUUUCAAAAUGGCCUCUUUGGAACCUAUCAUUAUGCUUUCCAAUACUGACCUUCCAAAAUGUUUGAAGAGUAUUACCUUCUCUGCAUGGAAUCCUGUGCCAGAGAGUAGAAAAUUGAAGGGAGACUUGUUCUACUUGCAAGUUGAAACUUUGGAAAAUACUAUUGUGCAUUUGACAGCUAACGCCUCCGGUUUCUAUGUGAAUGGCACGAAGGGAAGUAAAUUCAAUCCAAUGCCAGCAAAUAAGCCACACAAGAAUCAAACCUUGUUGGGACUAUUGUGUGAUAUUUCACCACUCUUUAGAACCAAUUUCCCAAAGCUUUUGACUGCUCGACAUAGAAAGCAUCCUUUCGAGGUCACUCCUGUUCCAUUCUCUGUGAAUCAAUGGAUUAACAUUGAGGAAAAGCAUGAAUAUGAUCCAAACAGAGCAGAAGAAUCAUUCUUUACCAUGCUUGGAUCUGACCCACGAAUUCAACAACGAGAAUGGAAUGAAGAAUAUCAGAGCUGUAAGGAACUUCCUUCUGGAACCAUGGAAGAUCGAUUGACUCGUGAUCGAACUCUUUUCAAAAUUCACUGCGAUUUUGUUGAUUCAGCUGUGAAGGGAGCUCGAGCAGUCGUAGAAAAGUACCUCUUACCAAUUAAUCCUAUUGACAAGAAGACUUCACAAGUUUACAUUCAGAAUAAUAUUUUCUUCAGUUUCUCCAUCAAUAGUGAUGAUCCCAAUGAAGACAAUGACUUGGAUAAAUUUGCCUAUCAAAAUGCCAACAAUGAUCUCAAGGGAGUGAUGGCCUUCAAUGAGGCAGAUGUUCGAGGCAUUCAUACACUUGCUUCUGCCAUUAUUGACUAUAGAGGUUAUAGAGUAGUAGCUCAAAGUAUUAUUCCUGGAAUUUUGCAGGGUGAUCAAGGUUCCAAACAUGUGUACGGCUCCAUUGAUGAAGGUAAAUCAUUUGUCACGGAUCCAAAGUAUCAUGAACUCAUGAAAGAAGCUGCAGAAAAGCUUCACAUUAAGGAACACAUCAUUAUUGAUGAGAGCGGAAAGGAACACAUUCUUGCUUGUCCUGCUGAAUGUAAGGGUAUUGUUGGCUCUGAUGGACGUUUCUAUGUGUUGGAUUUGAUCAAGACCACACCAAGGGACAUGAACUUUCCUGAUCUCAAGCCAGCCAUUUUGAGACCUGAACUUGUUCAAAUCUAUGUCGCUGCUCAUUCGCAAAAGACAGCAACAACCACAGAAACUACCGAGAAUCAAGAUGCAGUUGUAGAGAGUGCCAACGAUUCCACAACAGAAAAUCCAUCCAUUGAGGAGCAAUCAUCGACCAUGAGAUUCAAUACUGACGUCUUCUCUCAAAACAAGGUUGGCGGCACAGAAGAACAAAUUCAAAACGACAAGGACGAAGUUACAAAGCUUGCCAAAUACCUCAUGGAAGUAGUCUUGCCAAAAUUUGUCAAAUCCUUCAAAGUGAAGGAAGAAAAUCCUUUCGAUGGUAAAUCACUCACUGAUGCCAUGCAUGAAAGAGGUAUUAAUAUGAGAUAUUUGGGCUCAGUGGCAACCAUGGCCUCUGAGAAUGGCAUUCCUCAUCUUGUUUCCAUGAGUGAGCAAGAAAUGGUCACCCGAGUCGCCAAACAUGUUUUCAACAAGCACUUGAGAGGUGUUGAGGAAGGAACAAUGGCCACAUUCAUUGCUAGAUUUAUGAAUUUAUUAUUGGGAAGUAAUGUUCCAACGAUUGAAGAGUCAAAGAAAUCAUCUCUUGCACCCUAUGAAACCCUCACUCAAGCUCAACUCGUCUCACAAAUUAAGGAUGAAGUUAAAAAUCACUUCAAAUACGAGUUACCAGAAGGUUACAUGACCAAAUUGCAAAAAAUCUCCACUGUGAGAAGUUUCUGCAUGAAAACCGGAAUUCAAAUGGCUCUUCGUGAAUAUACUCUCAAUUCUCCAGCUCCAUUCACAGCCAAUGAUGUCUUGGCUUUACAACCUUUGGUCAAACACAGCACACCACGAUCCAAGACAGCAUACAGCUUGUUAGAAGUUGGAAAACAACAACUCACAAAGGGUAACUUUGAAAAGGCAUUUGAAUUCCUCUCACAAGCCAUCAUCAUGUUCCAACAAAUUAAGGGACCCAUGAACAAUGAAGUGGCUACCUGCUUUAGUUAUCUUGCAACCAUUCUCUUCAAUGCAUCGGAUUUACCACAAUCCUUCUUGCAUCAACACAAUGCAUUACUCAUUGCUAGAAGAGUUAUGGGUAUUGACAGUUCCAUUAUUUGUCAAAUUCAUCAAUUACUAGGAUUGUUGUGCUUUAAUGUUGGUCAAGCUGAGUUUGCUUUGAAGCACUUUUUAAGAGCUAGGUACAUGCACUUGUUGUGCUGUGGAUUUGAUCAUCCUGAUCUCGCUCAUAUCAUGCUUAAUAUUGCAAUGAUGUAUCAAGAUAUGGGAGACCUUCCAAGAUCUCUCAAAUACUUGUUGGAAGUGUUGAGAAUUUAUAAUAGUACUCUGGGUGAAACCUCUGAUCAAGCUUGCAGCACUCUCCAUGCCAUUGCCAUGACACACAACUUUUUGAGACAAUACAAGACUGCAGCAACCUAUGAGAGAAAGAACUUUAUCAUCUUGAAGGAAAAGUAUGGUGAAAAUGAUGCAAAAACCAAGUCUUCACAACAAUGGUUCGAACACUUUACGGGAAGAGCUGUUGCUGUCGAAAGAGAACUCAAGCAGGGAGAGCAAGAAGCUAUGAAAUUGUGGAAUCUUCAGCAAUCAAUGGCAUCCAAUCAAACCUUUAGCAAAAAGCCACCUCUUGAAAUUUUGAACUUGUUGAAAGAGGAUGAACAAAAACUAUCCAAUUUAAUUUUCCCUCAACCUAGUGCCUCCACAGAUAAAAAGACAUCUAAAUAA